GCCCGCACUCGGCGCUGGCUCCCGGGGAGCGGCCGCAGGCGGACAUGGGCCCCCGCUCCGUCCCGCUCCUGCCGCUGCUCCUGGCGCUACUCGGCCGCCCGGAUCCCGGGAGAGCCGAGAGCUGUGACCUGCAGCCGGUGACAGCGAAGCCACCCGUCACCCUGUCCUAUGUCACCAGCACGGUGCCGCGGGGCUGUGUCAGCAACAGCUCCAUGGGUACUGGCCAUGAAGUCCAUGUCCUCAGCGCCAAGUGGUCCAAGGACUCUCCUGUCCCUCUGGAGGUGACAGUCACUCCAAGAGCCGGUGUCUGCAGCCGGCUAGCAGUGCUCGUCCUCUUCUGCACCGACUGCUCUGCCUACAUCAAGUCCCAGUGCUCAAACCUGAUCAUCCACACUGAUGCCCACCUCAUCAUGGAUACCGUCAGAGCAUCAGACCCUGGGCCACCCAUGGUCUCCAAAAGGGAGAAGCUCCUGGACUGGGCUCAGGAUGUCUAUCAGGGCAUCACAUCCUACAGUGAGCUGCAGGACCCCCACAAAGUCCGGCUCCACCUGGGAGAAGAUGCGCACAGUCCUCCAGUAUGCAUUCCCCAGGAGCACUUCAAUGCCACUCUGCACCUUGAGACUGAGGUCCUCUUCCACGGGAUGAAGGGCUGCUCACGCAGUGAUGCCCAGAGCACCAGGGCCGCUCACAUCAUCCAACUGCAGUCGGAGCUCAGCUCCCCCAUCACAGAGGUGGAACUGAAGCUGAAAUGUCCUUCGAAUUCUGUUGGUGACCAGAUGCUCAUCCUGCAGAGCAAGGCAAAUUUCACCUGGCGCCUCUUCUUGGAGUGCAGCAUCCAGUUACUGGUCUCUGGGAAUUACAUCAUGCCCUUUUCUCCGGAGAUGUUGCGUGGGGAGCACCUGCCUGACACGGAGCAGGACCUCAUCGCUAAAGCCUUUGAGAAGAACUGCAGUGUCAUUGCCUCCUACUCCGCCAUCCCUGCCAGCACCCACAUCAUCAUGAAGAUUCUUGAGCAUGAGACGGUUGAGACGCCGGUGGCGACCACCCCCCUUGACACCAUACAGUCCCAAGACUUGCCCCGCCAGGUGCUGCAGACCCUCAAGCCCUGGAAGUGCACAGAUGAAACCAUGGAAAUUGUCAUCAUCAGGUCUCACCUGGAGCCCAUCAAGGACGUGGUGAACAUCACCCUGAGGGACAUCAGCUGCCAGGCAGAGAAAAAUGCCACCCACUUCAUGUUGAAAAGCCCCCUCAGCCACUGCGGCACCUCACUGGAGGGCAGGGACUAUGCCAACAAUGAGCUCAUCCUCAGCCUGGCCAAGGAUGCAGUGCUCCGGAGUGUGCGGGUUGGCUUCCAGUGCGAGAUCCCACGGGAGCUUUUCCUGCGCCUUUUCCCCACUGCUGACUUCAAGGCACCACAGACAGAGCUGGAGAUCAACAAGGAGGUCUUUGUGCAGGCGUCCAUGCGGUGGAUGGAUCACCCGGCUGACCUGCAGCUGAAGGAGUGCUCGCUGUCGGCCGCAGGGCGGGAGCCAGUGGUGCUGGUGCGGGGCGGGGAGGCGCAUGGUGCGGGGGUGGCUGUGCUGGAGAGCCCCACCAGCACCCACGGGAGGAAGGUGUGGCGGUUCCGCUUCACCUACACCAUUCCUGAGGGACACAAACCAUUCACAACUGCCAGACUCACGUGCAAGGCUGGCUUGCAGAAUGACACCAUCUUUGAGAAGUGCCUGGAGGUGACAGUGAAGGAUGGCUGGCGGCCUCUCAACUACCGUGGGCUGGGGCUGGCUGCUGUCCUGGGCAUCACCUUCGGCGCCUUCCUCAUCGGAGCACUCCUCACUGCUGGGCUCUGGUACAUCUACUCACACACCCCCGGUUUCCAGCACGGCGCCAGCCUCGGAGAGCAGCAGCACCAACCACAGCAUUGGCAGCACCCAGAGCACCCCUUGCUCCACCAGCAGCAUGGCCUGACGCCCCCGGGCCCGCCCGAGCCCGUGCAGCCCCCGGCCAACGGACUUGGGGACCCACCCCAGUGCCAUUAAGCUGAUUUUUUGCCCCAAAUCUGAGGCCGAGCCCAGAGGGGGCCUCCAUUACUCAUUCAGUGAAUGCUUUGGCCCCCCGAGGGCAGCCCACACCCCCCUGGGGUCCCCUGCUGCAGUGGGGAGGCAGAAUGAGCAGCUGUUGCCAAAACCUCCCACGAGGCUCCCCAUCAAAUGGGGGGGGAAGAAGAAGUGGGUGCCCCCUGGACAUGCCCCAGCACUUGGGGUGACCCCCGUGCCCCUCCUGCAACCCCCCAAGAAGGCAGCAGGCACCAGUGGGAGCAGCAAGAGGUUUAUUUGCAGAGGAUGGUGCAAGGCUGCUGCCCUCCCACAGGACGAAGGGCAGAACCCACCACUUCCCCCAGCUCCCCGUCCAAGUUACAAACUUUUAUCAAUAAUAAUAAAAAUCUUCCCUAUAUUAAA